AUGGUUCCUCCUCAAGAAAAAAAACUGAAGCAAUCCAACUCUUUGGAACAGCUAAAAUCUACCGGUACCGUGGUUGUCUCCGACACCGGUGACUUCGAGUCCAUCGCCAAAUACACCCCUCAAGAUGCCACGACCAACCCUUCGUUGAUCUUGGCCGCUGCCCAAAAGGAGGCCUACGCCAAGUUGAUCGACACCGCCGUCCAGUACGGUAAGAAGAACGGCUCUACUCUAGCCGAGCAGACCGAAAACGCCGUCGACAUGUUGCUGGUCGAAUUCGGUAAGGCCAUCCUACAGAUCGUUCCAGGCCGUGUUUCCACCGAAGUGGACGCGCGUUUGUCGUUCGACACCAAGGCCACCGUCGACAAGGCCCUGCACAUCAUCAAGCUGUACGAGUCGUUCGGCAUCAGCAAAGAGCGUGUGCUCAUCAAGAUCGCCUCCACCUGGGAAGGUAUCCAGGCCGCCAAGGAGCUAGAAGAGAAGUACGGCAUCCACGUCAAUUUGACUUUGCUAUUCUCGUUCGGCCAAGCCGUUGCCGCCGCCGAAGCUAAAGUCACCUUGAUUUCUCCCUUCGUUGGCAGAAUCCUCGACUGGUACAAGGCCAACAAGAAGCAGGAGUACACCGCCGAGACCGACCCAGGUGUGAUCUCCGUCAAGAAGAUCUACAACUACUACAAGAAGCACGGCUACAACACCAUUGUUAUGGGUGCCUCUUUCAGAAACACCGGCGAAAUCCGCGCUUUGGCCGGUGUCGACUUCUUGACCAUUUCUCCAGGUUUGUUGGAAGAGCUCCUCAACUCGGAAGAGCCAGUGCCUCAGGUCUUGGACCAAGAGUCCGCUAAGGCCGACGGUGACGACAAAGUGUCUUUCAUUAACGAUGAAGCUGCCUUCAGAUAUGACUUGAACGAGGACGCCAUGGCCACCGAAAAGUUGUCCGAGGGUAUCAGAAAGUUCUCUGCUGACAUUGUCACUUUGUUCGACUUGAUCGAAGCCAGAAUCCAACAGGCUUAA